AAAUUCUCUCAGUUUUCAUUCAUGGAUUCUUCAUUCUCUGAAUACCCUUAUGCUCAAUUUUCUCCUGAGCUAUCAUCUUCUUCUUCUUAUUCUGCCACAACUAAUUCUCUUGAAUCUUCUUUAUCUUCAAACACUUUCAAUAAAAAUUUCUAUGACCAACACCUUCCUUUCAAUGAAAAUGACUCCCAAGAGAUGCUCCUCUUUGGGCUCCUCAAUGAAGCCCCCACAAAUUGUUUCAACGAGGAAGUAAGUUCGAGAGCUAAAGCUCAUGAAGGGGAGCCUGCUGUGAGAGAAGUUUCUUACCGAGGAGUAAGAAAGCGACCAUGGGGAAAAUAUGCAGCCGAGAUAAGAGACUCGACGAGAAAUGGGGUAAGGGUUUGGAUUGGAACCUUCGACACUGCAGAGGCUGCAGCUUUAGCUUAUGAUCAAGCUGCAUUUGCUAUGAAAGGUUCAAUGGCAAUACUCAAUUUUCCGGCCAAGAAAGUUUAUGAAUCACUUGUGGAAAUGAAGUACAACUUUGAAGAGGGAUGCUCGCCUGUUCUGUCACUGAAAAAGAGACACUCAAUGAAAAAGAAAAGAGAGAGUGAGAAGAAGAGGAAAGAGAAAGAGAAGCAGCUAGAGAAUUUCGUGGUGCUGGAAGAUUUGGGAGCUGAGUACUUGGAAGAAUUAUUAAGUCUAUCAGAAGCUAGCUGCAACUUUAAUUAAAAAUAAUUCUCUCUUUGUUUAUGUUUCAGUGAUGUUGCCGAUUUUGAGGCUCUAAUUUUCUAGUUAUUAUUAUUAUUUUUAAUUUUUGUAAAUUUGUUUAGAGAUAAUGAAUGAAGGAUCCCAGUUUCAACUUCA